AUGCCAUUACCGUUCAAUCAGGAAUCAUGGAUCUGGUAUACGUGUGCUGUAUGUAUGAUCGGAGCAAGAUUAAUUUCACGGAAGAUGUUGUUCCGAUCUGUCAAAGGUCUCCAGUUCGAUGACUGGACGAUGGGUCUCUUCGUCACCGGCGCUUACACGGUUAUGAUUGUACUUGCAAACCGAUGGCUAAAGGUCCAAUCAAACCUUGAACCCGAAAAUUUCGACUUCAGCGCACUCACCGUGGACGAACUAUCGAGACGAAGAUUCGGGAGCAAGCUCGUGGUUGUUGUAGAGCAGAUGCACAUCGCUGUGAUCUGGGCGUGCAAAGCAUGUCUUCUGAUCAUGUAUCAUCGCAUAACACGGACAGCUCUUCGCAACGAAAACAUCGCCAUCAAGAUUCUCGCGGUUUACACAGCACUCGGAUUUGUGGUCAUAGAAGUCCUCUACUUUUCAGCUUGGUGUAGACCUUUCUCGGAGUAUUAUGCAGUGCCGACCAGUUCAUUCCAGUGCAAUGCCUUGGUUCAUCACCGCAUCACUAAGGCUGUCUUCAACAUAUCCUCGGACUUGAUCAUGCUGUGCAUUGCAUUGCAAAUGCUCAUCCGAUCGCUCCUUCCUAUGAAGAGAAAGAUAAUCCUGUGCGGCAUCUUCUCUCUGGGUCUCUUCGUGGUAGCUGCAAGCAUCAUGAACAGCUACUACUCUUUCAGCAACCCGUACAAGUCAACUUGGAUUUACUGGUAUGUUCGAGAGUCGUCAGCUGCCAUUCUCGUUGCCAAUCUACCAUUUACUUGGACAAUAUUGAGAGAACUUUUCGAGCUCGGCAAUUUCGACGAAGGAAAUCCACCCCCGUGGUCCUAUCACUCUCCACGCACAGCAGGAGGUCGGAAGACAGCACAGCUACUCCACCAACAGUCUGCGACAACGGGCGCACGUACAGGGACGAAGCGCUCACCGAACAACACCAUUGGAAGUAAGAGCAUGACUUUGACCCCCUCAAACAUCACGCAAACCAAAUCGCCAGCCCUCAGUGACAUGUCCGGAUUCGCCGACAAAGACCUGCUCGAAGAAGCCAUAUCACCUCACGACUUUGCCCCUGCAGUUCUACGUACUGCAAAUGACGGCACUGUCGACAUUGAUCUCGAAGCAGGCCAUGUGGAAGAAGUUAAUGCGCGACCAAUCUCUCCUGACCAUACUGAGCAACGAAACAAGCUUGCUGCGGUUCCUACCAAAAUCACCGAGGAUGGCACGGGCGGCUUCUACGUCAACGACCAUCCUAUUUCACCACCGUCGCGAGUGCAUCUCGUACUUUCCAUGAAUGGAACGCGAGACAGCAGUAUAGCGAGCACGCAUCGAAGACCAAGCGCUACAUCGAGUAUGAUUAGUGGUUACACAGCAAGUCGGCGCGGAAGUGCAUCGACGCAGGGUGCGGCGGCUGGACACACAGUAGGCGGAGGGAGAAGCGCGAGGGACCGGAGGGCUAGGACGAAGCUGAAUGAGUAA